AUGCUGAAAAAAAAAUCUUCUGAGGAAAAGUCUGAAACUAAUAUUCAACAACAAGUUCAAGAAAUCAUUGAAAGCACAAAAAAAGAAUUUGGUGAGGAUUCAGUCAGCACCUUAGAAGAAAGUGGCUCGCGAGACGUAAAUGUUUUACCAACCGGAAGUUUUUUCCUGGACCAAGCAACCGAAAAAGGUGGCUAUAUUUACGGAACUAUUGUCGAAAUAUUUGGUCAGCCCGGUAUCGGCAAAACUACUUUAGCUCUUCACGCAGUAAGCGAAUGUCAAAAACAAGGAAAAAUAGCCGCUUAUAUCGAUUUAGAGAAUAAGUUAGGAAAAAAUAAUGAAUAUGCCAAAAACAUUGGUGUAAACUCUAAGGAAUUAAUUAAGUUUGAAGCAAGGGGCGGAGAAGAAGUUUUUGAUUUCAUUGACAAGAAAAUUAAGGAAGGAGUAAGUUUGUUUGUUAUCGAUUCAGUAGCCGCUUUGGUCUCAAAAACUCAUUUAGAAAAGGGUCCGGAAUCACAAGGAAUCGCUUCUAAAGCCCGGUUGAUUUCCGAAAGUUUAAGGAUUAUGCUGAGACCCAAGGAGAGAAUCCAAAAAGGCACCGAAUACAUUGGGAUAAAAACCCAGGCUAAUAUAGUCAAAAACAGUUUUGGCUCUCCUGGUAAAAAAACCGACUUGGAAAUCAUUUUCUCCCAAGGCAUUCAAAAAGAGCGGGAAAUUAUUGACUUCGCCACUGAUUCAAACAUCAUUCAAAAAAGCGAAAUCGAACAAAUGGUCGCCCAAAACUUUGCCACUCCUGCCGCUUCUCCUGACAACGCUUAA